AUGGGAAAGCGAAAAUCUUCGAAGAUGUUUAAUUUAUUUAGUCGUUUUGGAAGAAGGCGACAAAGAAGGAGUGAGGUAGAUGUUGUAGAUAUAGACACUUUCUCGUCUGUUAUUACAGACUGCCAGCCCUCUACAUCUACGGCACCUUAUCCUACAGAUUAUUAUGCAGUUUAUUCGGAAUCGUCCGCGAGUUCGUCUUUGAUGUCAGUUCUAGAAUUCUUAAGGGAAAAAGACAACGACACCUCAAAGACACAGCCGGAAAGUGAAAUGCCAAGUGGAAGAGGAAAAUGUCCCCCAGGAGCAGGCAAACAUUCUAAAAAGGUUCGAGAAUCUCCACAGAAAAUAGAAAAUGUCGCCACAAAGGCACGAGACCUUCAUAUCCCAAGUGGAGAAGGCAAAUCAUGCGGAGCAGGCAAAAAAUCUAAAAUGGUGUCGGUUCAGGAGUCUCCCAAAGGAGCAGACAAUAAAGCCAAAGACGUCACUCAUUUAUUCCUUGCAAGAGAGUCCGGCCCACCCCCCAAACAGCCGCCACCGAAGCCUGUUCGAUUAUCUUUCUUUGAAAGAUUAAAGAGAUUAGGCAAAAAUAAAGUCGCACCCCAGCCUAGAGUGGAGGAAAAGUCCAGCGUCAAAAUCAGCAUUGUGCCGGAACUGGCUGGAUUCAGAGGGGAGUUCCUGGCUUCCACUGUUGAAUUACCUGAAGCAGAAGCUAGUAGUGCUGAGUCGUCUGUAGAUUUGUCGAGGCUCAGUCCUGCCCCAGCAGUCGUUCAGGACUACUACCCCAGCACCCUUGUUGGCUUUUUUGAGCGGGGGUGCUGAAAACACAGAAAAACAAAAACGUUAAGCGAGAGGGGGAGGGGUGAGACGGAGGGAGUUAAAAGGGGAUAGGAUUUUGG